GGACGCUCAUAUGCCAUCUUUUCAUCCAAAACACGAAUGACGACAAUUUAGGGCCAUUGGGGCUGACACGCUCCAACAGGGCUUCCAAUGUUCGCGAAUUGUAACGAUGAUGAGCUGCUUCGCGCGAUGGACGAGGCGACGGCAACAUUUGCGGUGCUGAGCGUAAAUGCGCGCCGCACGUCGACGCCUGGAGGCAAAGCCAUGGCGAAUGGGCCGGGCAGUUCACUGCAACAGCCCACAACGCUGGACGUCGGGCCGGCUCCGCCUGCAGUGGCGGUUGAGGUGCUACAGGCCACGCCCUUGCGGCCUGCUGCGCCUGCAACGCCCAGCAGCUACGUCACGCCGCCCCCAACUCGCGUGAGCACAACCGCUGGUCCGGGGCCAGGCAGCGCCGGGAGCGCGGCAGUUAGGGUCAGCGCCGCAACUCCCGGAAGCCAGCAGCCCCCGAUAACGGCACAGUCUGCCAAGCGCAACGCCCGCGCUCCGGGGCCGUCGCCAGUGCUGCAGCGCCAGAUGCAGAAGUACAGCCUGCGGCCAGGGAGCACGGCUCCGAGUCAGGAUUUGCGGGCGGGCGGAGCUGUGAGAAGCUGUGCCGCGGGGGCAGCGGUUGCCGGCGCCUCUGCGCGCUCCAGCCCCGUUGCAGCCGCCCAGCAGCCCGCCGCCGUGUCGGCGGCAGCGCCCGCCUCCGGGUCGCGUGCCUCGCCUGUGCCUCAGGCCCCGCACACCUCAGGCUCGGGCAGCGGACACGCCAGCACCAGCACGCCUGGCCCCGUGGCACCGCUGCAGGCGGCAGCUCCCGCACCGGCCUCGCGUCCAUCGCCGCCGCCGCCUUCACAGCACGCCGUACACACGCCAGUGGGCGGACACGCCGCCGACAUGGCCACCCGCUCGGUGGCAACGCCGAUCCCAUCCUCGUCCCCAGCCCAGACGCCGCCGCCCUCGCGGUUAGGGCCAAGCGCCGGUAGCAGUCCGGCGCUGCUAAGCCGGCCGCCACAAGCGCCACCAUCCCGCGCUGCGCAGUCGGCAGUACCGGCGGCGCGGGGCAGCCCUCCCAUUCCUGGCGCUAGCGUUAACAGCUCCGUCGCCCGCAAGCCCUGGUCCUCGCCGGCGCUGCUGCCGCCGCCGCAGCACCAGCAAGCGCCGCGCGGCAUCGCAGCUCUACGCCAGCACGCCGCCGCCGCGGCCACGACCUCAUCCGCCGCGGCAGCUGCAGCAGCAGCUGCCAGCAGCAGCACGGGCCUGCGCGCUUCGCCCGCGACAGCUGCAGCCGGCGUGCACAGCGGCACCGUUGCCAUUCCUGAAAGCCGCGACCUGGCCACGCGGCUGGACGCUCUGUUGCUCGCGGAGGACCUGGUGAAGCUGCUCGUGUCCAAAGCGGUGGAGCAGGCGGAGGCGAGGCGGGUGUUGGCCGGCGGCAGGGGUGGUGGAAGCGGCGGAGGCAUGUCGCUGUCGCCGAGGUGGUGGGGGCGGCGCGGCGAGGGCGCGGCGGGGCUGGUGGUGCUUGAGCUGGGGGACGAGGAGGAGGGCGACGGGCAGGGCACAGGGAGGGCGGGGCUGCUACCUUCUUGCGGCUGCUCGGUGAUGUGAUAGAUGUGAGUUGACUGGAAUCUCCAGCGAGCAUUGGUUGCAGUAAAUUGAAGGAGCGGGAGGGCGGGACGGCGACUAAGUCCGGUGUGGCUUGCGUGGCCUCGUGGCAUGCGCAGGAUGACUGUGUGUGUGGCAGAGAUGACUGGUGUAUCGCAGGUGACCAGACUCCGUGUCCAGAUGGGUGCAUUCGCAGAGGAAUGGCUGCAUGUAGGUACGCGUGGCGAAGAACUGACAGGUAUACCGUGCCGUAAACCUUCGUCCGUGUGUGCUAGUUUGCGGUUGACGCGGGGGCUCGACAGGGUGUAUGUAGAAGGAGAUAGCUGCACAUGUACUGUAUUAAUGAAGGUCCUUGGUUCG